CUCUCCCCCUUCCCACCCUCCUCUGGGUGUUGGGCUCUCGUGCUGUGAAACAGGGAGGGGUCUCUCAGGCUGGGGCAUGCAUGAGGGCACAGAGAAGUGAUAUGGAGGGAUUUCCACGUCUGAUAAUAUGGUGCUUUGUGCCUGCUCCAGCUAAAAAUAACAAAAAAUGCUGGAUAGAAUUAAAAAAUAACAUGUUUCAAAGCAAUGAAGAGCUCACAGGGCAGUAAGAGAACGCUGAGUCCCAGAGGUGAGCAGGACACCAGGGCCCCUCAUGCCCUGAGAGCACUGGCCCCACUAAGCCAAAAGCACCUUUGGUUUCACAGUCUGUGGAGUGAGGAAGACAGAGCCUGAAGCCCAGCGUUCGUUGAGGAGAGGAGACACAGGGGCAGCCCCCACGAUGCUGGGACCCCAAAGGGCUCCACACUCCAGCUAGAGCCAGAGGAAACCCAGCCCCACCCCAUCGGACCCUCCUGGAACGGAGGGCAGGACACAGACCUCAGGCUGUACGCACAGGGGGCCGUGCAGGGUCUGAGGUCACUCGUAGCACUUGGGGGCCGUGGGGGCCGCAGAGGAGUCAGCAUGACCGUGGAAGGGCUCUGGCGGCAACUUGCCUUCCUCUUCCUCCAGGCCCGCUGAAGAAGCUGAAACGCCGACACCAGUGGUGAGUGCCAGCUGCUUGGGUCCUGCCCUGGAUUGGGUGUUGGGCAGUUCGGGGUCUGUCUCCUGGCCCAGGUCUGGGUCUGGGGGCAGAGUGAUGAGCACAGCAGGGACCAGAGAGCCUGAGACAGGCCAGGGCUACGCCGGGAAGAGGAAUCCCUCCAGUCUCCAGGCACCCAGCUUCUGAAAGAUCAAGCACGGUGGCAUCAGCCCGGCUGGCAGGAGCCCCGAAGGGCCGCUGAGCACCUCUGAGUGAGGAUGGCCACACCUCUGGAGCAGGCGUUGGCUACAGUCGUGAGCACCUUCCAGAAAUAGGCAGAGCUCUCCGGGGGCAAGCACGGGCUCUGCCAGGCAGGGCUCAAGGAGCUGCUACAGAAGGAGCUGCCCACCUGGACCCCGAUGGGGCUCCGAGAGUGUGACUACAGUGCAUUCAUGAGCGUCCUGGACACCGACAAGGACUGCAAGGUGGACUUUGUGGAGUAUGUGCGCUCCCUGGCCUGCCUCUGCACUUUCUGCCACGACUACUUCAAGGACGUGACCCCCAUGACCCCCGUGACCCCCAUGACCCCCUGCUCCCAGUAGGCUCUGCUCCUGAGGACAGGGGUCUGCUCGGGCAGGACCUGUCCCCCCACCCCCGUCCUGCACCUCCAGCAUCCCAGCUAGAGAGUCACAGAGCUGCUGCCCCCUCCCACGGCCAUGACUGUGGUGGGGAAGGGCACAUUCAACCCCUAAUAAAGUGCUGGUGUCA